AUGGAUCCACACAACCCAGCUUACUAUGACCUAAAUUGGUGUCCCGAUCUAUCCGAUGAAUAUCAUCCCGAUUUGUCGGGAUGUAACUUGGGGGAUGCUCCUCCAUCCGGCGAGGAGAUGCCUUCGGCAGCCCAUAGUGCCGCCAAACUGAAGAAAGGCAGCCGAAUGAAAGAAGUCGCCCACAAGAUCCGGCAUGACAGGCAAGCGCCGGUGGCGGAGGAGGGGGCGGAGGAUGACGGGGGAAAGACUGUCCGUCAUACCUACAUCCCUGAGGAGACGGACAUCAUCGUCCAAAUUUGGAUGGAGGAGACAAACGACACCAUCCGUGGGACAAAUCAAAAGGGGUACGAUUACUGGAAGAGGAUUGUCGCCCGUGUCAACCCCAUCAUCGGCGCCAACCUCAAGCACCGCCAGAUUCAAGGGCACUGGACCCGAGUGGCCCAAGAGGUGCGGCUGUGGGAGAGUAUUUGGGUGGAGACGCGCAGCCGGUGGCCGUCCGGCCAUUCUGACGAUAUGCUCCGGGACAAGGCCCAAACUCUUUUCAAAAGUCGGAGCGCAAAUAACGCCUCCUUCAACUAUUGGAAUGCGUGGAAAAUUCUCCGGAACAAUCACAAGUUCAAGUCGAUCUGCAACUUUUAG